AUGGCAGGGCUGCUGCUGCUCCUGGGUCUGGCUUGCGCUGAACCUAAAACCUGGACCAAGGACACCACCCUGAGCCAGUUUGAGACUCUGAACAUCAUCGUCAAUGACUUCAACAACCAGUCGAAUGAGGAGUAUGCCUUCCGUGUUCUGGACGCUCACCCCCGGCCAGACUGGGACCCAACGUUUUCAGAUCCACAGUUAGUGAUCUUCACCAUCAGAGAGACAGCGUGCAGAAAGAAGAACCUCACCCUUGAGCAGUGUCCCUUCAAGGACAAUGGGAAAGAGAAGACAUGCUGGGGGCAUGCCAAGCCUGUUGAUGAGGGCCUCCAUGUGAUGGUCAGCUGUCAAUCUCAGAAGUCUGGAGAGCCCUGA